AUGGCCGAACUCAAAGAAAACCUAGGUCCUUAUGUCCUCCAGACCGCGCUCGCGGCUGACCGCAAUGAAAACUCUUGUUACGUCCUCAACGUCGGUCGCGACGAGACUGGCGACGUUACUUCUUCCCCCAAGCACGUGAAUGAGCAAGUAGACGACUACCUCAUCAACGUCUAUGAUCGUGUUACCCCAGUCACGAAGCUCUACGUCGUCGGCGAGUGGAAGUCGGCGGCUCUGGCAAAGAAGGGCAGCGAUCGUACCAGUAUACCGGAGGAGCAAUCGCAUUGCUCGAUUGAGCCGCACUGGCUCACCAAGCGUGAGCAGGAGUGGCGCGACGCAGGCGAGCAUAUAGCGAAGCUUGUUGAACAGAUGCCUGCGCUUAAAGAGUUGACCUGGAUUUCAGACCUACCCUUCAUGGCCGUCAUCUGGACAAAGCUGUCCACCUCGCUUACGAAGCUUGUCCUCGAUCUCGGCCAGCCUGUCCGCCUUCAGCAAGAUGGCGAGAACGAGUACAAGUCGUACAUCAGCCCAGCAGAGAUGAAGCCUCUUGUCCAGCAGACCGAGCUUGAGGAGCUCCGCCUGUUUCAUAUGCAUGACUCUUAUCAGUCCAUCUACUGGGAGACUGUCUUCCGCAAUACGUCCAAGACUGGCAUGCACGUCCUGGAUCUCGACAUGGCCGCGCCUCCGAUCGUGCGCAAAGACCAUUGGCACAAGGCUGAGGACGUCCGUGGCUUGACCGUUCCGAAGAUAGAUUCGAAAGAAAAGGAGUACAAGGGUAUAGACGGAAAGGGAGUACUACACUACUCCUUCGGUACCGGCGAGUACCUCGAUGACUUCAGCAUGCGCAAAGGACGUAUUGCAGCUGGACUGGAGGAGGCCAAACCGUUCCCGUUACGGUGCCUCAAACUCAACGGCUUUGUCGUCGACUACCUACCAUUUGAACAAGAGCUCUCCCGUAUUGCAUUGUUGACCUGCGGUAAAGAUUGUGUGGACAGCGGUCUACGAGCCCCAAAGACUUCUCGCAAUCCACUCAGUCGAGAGGGCAAGGUCGUCAAGAACCAUUGUCUGAUCCAAUGGCCGAAUUGGACUGGGGUUUUCGAUGACCGUGGCGACCCGAUACCGCUAACAAAGGAGUCUCUCCAGAUGAAGGACCUAGGCGAGGCCUUAGAUGGCGCGGCCAAAGAAGACGGCUACUUCUCAGCCCAGUCACCGUGGUCCCCAGGCAGCGCUGUUACCUCCUGCUUGCAGCCGCAAGAAACCGUGUCCUCGGCAAAUCUCCCUCCUGUCCCAGUGACUGAUAGCGAGACACCUGUCAUUCUGGCGACGACCGGAAGCCCUGCCGCUGACGGAAACACCUUUUCUGGCGCAACCUCUCCGACAGGCGCGAGCCUGGUAUUUGUCGACAGCGCGACCUCCGAAGACUCUAUCGUUUCCAAUGAUAGCAGCUUCGACCAAAUCCUGCCCGCAGACAUCGACGAAGCCUCGGUGAAACCUGCGACAGCCGUCAAGAACGGUAGCUUCAAGCACAAGGUAAGAAGAUCUUGGGAUUGGUUGUCUGGUUCUGGUUCUGGCGCUGUUUCUUGA